AUGACGGAAAAUACCAUUCAAUAUAACCCAGAACAAAUGGAGCAAUUUUACAAUCAAAUUUACGUCAAUGGACCAAAUCCAAAGCUUCCAAUUUCUUUAGUGACAAUUGCGGGUGCGGCAGCUUUCAAGGCCGUGAGACAACAUAACUCGGCACCAAAUUCGCCACGUUCUCUUCCAAACGAUCCGCAAGAUGAUCAUUCAUACAGAAUUAGCCUGGUUCGAGCUGCUGCUGCUCAAGAGGCGUUUUAUCUAUCUUUAUUCGUCCCCUUGCAAAAUGUCGAUUCUCGAGUGCUCGUCAAAUCUGCCGAAGACGCCGCCCAUCAGUUAUAUGAUCUUACGUGUUUUUAA